GACGGACCCAGGACUGACUCAGCGCCGCUCUCUUAGCGACUUUACCUUCUCGCAGCGCCCACUGAGCGGCUGUACAAUCCUCAGCAGUGACCUGAGACUGUACCGCCUGCCCGGGCUCAACCAGCACCUCCCCGACCCUCUGUGCGACUUUCAUCUGCGCCUGAACCUUUGCACCGGCGCUAAAUCUGUUAUUAUUCUCCUGACUUGUUUGGACUCGUUAUUCGCUCUGUGAUUAUUCUGCUCUUCUACCUCUGAAUAUGACAGCCGAGAAAGAGAAGAAAAGGAACAGCUCAGAAAGAAGAAAGGAAAAGUCCAGGGAUGCUGCGAGGUGUCGGAGAAGCAAGGAGACGGAGGUCUUUUAUGAACUGGCACAUCAGUUACCACUGCCCCAAAGCAUCAGCUCACACUUGGACAAGGCCUCAAUCAUGCGCCUGGCAAUCAGCUUCCUACGGACACACAAACUCUUGUCAUCAGUGUGUGCAGACCGGAACAUUGAGACCGAUUCAGAGAAACAGAUGGACAACUUGUACCUGAAAGCUCUUGAGGGUUUUGUUGCGGUGGUGACACAAGACGGGGACAUGAUUUUUAUGUCUGAAAACGUCAAUAAGUACUUGGGUUUAACACAGGUGGAGCUGACAGGACACAGCAUCUUUGACUUCACACAUCCAUGUGAUCAUGAUGAGAUUAGAGAAAAUCUAAGCAUGAAAACAGGUGUAGGCUCUGGUAAGAAGAACAGGGAUGCAAAUACAGAACAUGAUUUCUUCAUGAGGAUGAAAUGUACAGUCACCAACAGAGGAAGGACCGUAAAUCUAAAGUCUGCCACGUGGAAGGUUCUACACUGUACCGGCCAUGUGAAGGCAUACAACUCCUACCAUCCACAUUCCCUUUGUGGGUUCAAAGAACCCAUACUCAGCUGUCUCAUCAUGAUGUGUCAACCAAUCCAGCACCCAUCCAACAUUGACAUCCCAUUGGACAGUAAGACCUUCUUGAGCCGUCACAGCAUGGACAUGAAGUUCACAUACUGCGAUGACAGAAUAAUUGAAUUGAUUGGAUACCAUCCAGAGGAGCUGCUUGGACGUUCUGCAUACGAGUUUUAUCAUGCCUUGGAUUCCGAGAACAUGACUAAGAGCCACCAGAACUUGUGUGCAAAAGGCCAAGUGGUCACUGGCCAUUACCGGAUGCUUGCAAAACACGGUGGCUACUUAUGGGUGGAAACUCAAGGUACAGUUAUAUACAACACACGCAACUCUCAACCACAGUGCAUCGUCUGUGUCAACUAUGUUCUCAGUGAAAUUGAGAAGAAUGAUGUUGUGUUCUCCAUGGAUCAAACUGAAUCCUUGUUCAAGCCCCAUUUCUUGACCAUGAACUCCAUCUUCAGCAGCUCCGUUCAAGAAAAGAGUGACUUCUUGUUCACCAAGCUGAAAGAGGAACCUGAAGAGCUUGCCCAGUUGGCACCCACACCCGGGGAUGAAAUUGUUUCAUUGGACUUUGGUUCACAGACAUUUGAUGAGCCAGCUAGCUUUAACAGUCGUGUCCAGACAAGUCCAAGCAAGCCGUGGCCUUUGGAAGUCAAGAACCUAAAUUCCCAGGUUGACAUAAUAAAUCUUCCGUCCUUCAAAGCACCUCAGGUAGCUCCAGGAAACAGCACCCCCAGUGCUAGCAGCAACAGCACCUGUUCUACGCCAAGCAGUCCAGAAGCAUAUUACUCGUCUUUGGAUGAAGAUCUCAAGAUUGAAUUGAUUGAGAAACUUUUUGCUAUGGAUACUGAGGCAAAGAAUCAGUGUAACACCACUGAGAAUGACUUUAAUGAUCUGGACUUGGAAACCCUCGCUCCAUACAUUCCCAUGGACGGUGAAGACUUCCAACUGAAUCCUAUAUGUCAAGAAGAAACCACGAUCAAUGACACCCCUCAAAAUGCCCAGCAGAAUUUAAGUAGCAUUUGCUCGCUCUUCCAGCCGACGACCCCGUCUCCCCAGAAUCAAUUUCUUCAGCAGAACAUCCUUCAACCGACCGCAGCUAAAAACAAUAAUGGCAGCCCAAACCCACUGCCUUCUGUACUUUUCAACAAUGAGAAAAUGGCUUUGCCAUUAACACCUUACCAUACAGGUGCUACACCACCAUUAUCUUCAAUGGGCGGAAGGCCUAACGUUCAAUGGCCUCCGGAUCCUCCUGUCAGUUAUAUGUCUAACAAAUGGCGGUUUGUGGAGCAGUAUAAUGGAUCUUUAACCAGCUUGCCUUCAGGACCACCAAUUCAUUUGCACAAUGUGCCCUUAUACAAACAAAGGUCCCUGGAGAGUUUUGGGCAGCGUGGCAAGGACUUACACCCUGCAGAGAUUCCUUUCUGCAACAGUGUGAAACGGAAGAGGCCACUCGAUUAUGGAGAACAAGGAUAUCCACCAGUCGAUGUGGGGGAAUUGCGUGACAGUAACAACACUCUGUUAAUGUGGAAACGUAUAAAAGCACUCAAGUCGGGGAGCUGUCCGCUGGUUGCAGAAAGGAAGUCCCUCAGUACAAGUGUCCUUAAUGAUGGGUAUAUAUGUAACCGUCACAGAGAGCUAAACCAACCAAUCAAUCAACAGCAACAGCAGCAAUGUGUAGCGCCCCCCAGAGAUGGGCGGAAACCUACUUAUUCAAAUACGUUCUUCAACUGCAGUUACCAUGACUACAAUAUGCAGCAAACAGAAAGAAUGAAAGGUCUGACCUCGUGUCUCAUUGGUCCAUCUUUCGAAUCGUAUCUGUUGCCGGAGUUGACGCGAUAUGACUGUGAGGUGAAUGUCCCAGUGGUGGGCAACUCAACGCUUCUUCAUGGCAGAGAUCUGCUCAGAGCUCUUGACCAGACCACCUGAACAGCCCCGAGAUCAUUGUUGGGUUGUUGCCGUUAGAAACCGCUUCACUUUCUAAAUCCUAUUAAGUAGAAAGUUUCUGUCACUGAUAACACUUUUACAAGAUUUUCCUACUCAUUGAACUUGUUCACCGUACCGAAUAGUGGCCUUCUUCUUCUUCUUGGAAUGACGUGAUGUUAAAAGAUGCUCCUGUAUGUUUUUACCUGCUGUAUUUUUCCUUCUUUGUUUUUAAAGGAAGUGUAUAGUUUAGAUUUUUAAAAAAA